AUGAUCUCGGUAUUGACAUUUGCGUGCAUCUACUUACUGGGCGGUCUAACAUCUGUACCUAUAAUACUCUAUGGAGCCUAUUACUAUUCCUCCAGCAGAAAACAAGGCAAACUUGCCUAUAUGACGCUAGACGAACAUUACCAUGAGAAACGGGGUUGGAUUAUGCUGUCAAACGAAUACCAAGACAAUCCCGAAACAAUUCCCUCUACCGGCCUAAUGGCUGGAAUCCAAUCAUAUAUCAAUAGUAACAGCAGCAGCAGUAGCCACAAUAGUAACAAAAAGGCGCGAGAACCUUUGUAUGCUGUCAUCAAACACAACACCAUGUUUGUGUUUAAUUCAGAACAAGAAGAGGAAUGUAGGUUAAUCAUUCCAGUUCAUGAUUACAACAUCAGCAUCUACCCUCCUCGAACCACCGAUGCAGGCAUCUUUGGCCGGACUUCUUCUAUCCUACUCGAACCCAAAAAACCUUCAAAUACAAAAAAGGGGUCGGAAGAAUAUAACCUACAACAUUCAUUGUAUCUAAAGUGCACCCGAGCAACCGACAAAGAAGAUUGGUACCUUGGCCUGAAAGCUGCUUCAACAUUAAUGGAUGAUGUAGACAGUGUGAAUCAGACAUCUGCGGAAAUGGUAAACAGUACCAUGUUCUCUUUGUCGGCUGCAGACCGAUGGAUGUCGAGUGUGAUGCGGCCUGAGGAAGAUGGUCAUACAGAUUGGCUGAAUGGAAUUCUCGGGCGGUUGUUCUUGGGUGUUUACCGUACGGACAAGGCGCGUGCUUACUUUGAGGCAAAGCUUGUCGAGAAGAUCAAGAAGAUGCGACGACCAGGAUUUGUAGAGCAAAUAAAGGUCAGGAGAGUGGAUCCUGGACAGAGUGUGCCUCGUCUUGUCAAACCUCGUCUGGUGUCUAUAACUCCUCAGGGUAUGUUGGUGGCAGAUGUUGAUAUUGAAUAUGAUGGCGGACUGUCAGUUGAGAUUGAGACAGACGUCAGUUGGUCGUAUUCCUCUCGUCGAAAGCCAAUUCGUCUUCAGCUGGUAUUGGCAGUUAAGCUCAAGACGUUUAGCGGAAAAUGCAUGUUCAAGAUCAAGCCCCCACCGUCGAAUCGAUGUUGGAUUGGGUUUUACGAGACACCUGAUAUGACAUGGGAAUUCACUUCUAUUGUGUCUGAGAAGCAGAUCAAAUUACAGAUGGUCAUGAAUGCUAUGGAAGCAAAGAUUCGGGAAAUAAUUACCGAUUCAAUGGUUCUGCCCAAUAUGGAGGACUUUAAAUAUAUGGAGACAGAUGGUCAAGGAGGUAUAUUUGGUACUCGUAUCGCAAGAGAUCCUGAGGUAGAUAACCAAGAUCGUCUUGAGGCAUACGCACUAUACCAGCUUGAAAAGGAAAAGGAAAAGAACAAGAAUGAGAAGGCCAAGAACGAUAAGAGCAAGAAUGACAAAAUCAAGGUUAAAGGAAAGCAAAAGGAAUCCAAAUCUACAACUACGGUUGGAGAACAGGACCCAUCGUCUGUUCAAGAAAGACCGUGUGUUUUGACAACUACAGCUACAACAACUACGGUAAAGAUUGGGCCGGACAGCCUAACUACAGAUUCAGGAUUAGAGCCACCACUGCGACGGGUGGAAUCAGAUACACUGCCUGCUCCGAAUAUGUUAACUUUUGAAAAGACAACACAUUCCGCACCUAAUUUAUUGUUGGAGAAUGAGCCUUUGAUUACAGACAAUGAAAGUAGCGUGUCGGAUUCAGUAGAAGAGACUGAGACAAUGAGCGACCGGCAAGAUUCCGAGUCUGUGUACAGUACAUCAUCCAAGCAAGCAAAGUCCAUUAUAUCGGCCAAGAACUCGUUGUUGUCCAAGAUUAGCCGCCGGAUAUCUGAUGCCAGAGAUAACCCGCCUUCAGAUCUUCCCAAAUCAUCGUUUUCGACUAAGAAAACCAUGUCACAACUGGCCACUAGUUUCUUGCACAAGGCCAAGCCAGAUCCUGAAACUACAGCGAUAUUUACUGAACGUAUAGCUGGUUUCAGACGACGCUCUGGAAGUCUUGGGACUCAUUCUCCGUCAUUGACACUUUCUCGGGAAGACAAUCAAUCGACCUCGAUCAAAAUCAUAAGCACUCCUCCACCAAAACCAUCUCGGACACCCCAACUUUCUCGAUCCCUCUCCACUACCCAGUCAAAGCCACCUCUCCCACCACGCCACGCAGUUCCAUCAAGCACCGAUCUAUCGUCAGUUCAGCAACCAGAGGAACAGCCACAGGAACAACCAGAGGAAAAACCAUCGCAACCACCCCUUCCCCCGCGUUUAUCUGUUCCACCACCCAUUCCAGCCCGUUCUAUAGCUCACGAUUCUUAGCUUAAAAAAAAGAGAUACUAAUAAUAAUAAUACUGACGACGACGACGAUGAUGAUGAUGAUGAAAGAAAGCUAGGACUAUAUAUAUCUAUCUAUAUAUAAAUCAUUCAGUACUCCUUGAGUUGAACGUUGAAAGGGUAGAUUUUCUUUUAUAAAAAGGGGAAAAAUAAAUAAAUAGAUGCUUGUAUUUUAUAAUC